AUGUUUUGUAAAUUGGUAACUGAAGUGAAUUUGUGUUCUGAUUUCAAUACAAAUAUUGGAUGUGCAUUAAGAGCAUAAACACCAUGUAUUGUGGCAAGUCCAAGCACCGAUAGUUCAGGUUGCACAACAGCUGCUUUAACAUUCAAUUCAAAAUUGAAUCAAUUUGGAUGUACUCAAUUAGUAGGGGAUGUUUAUAGAUAUGACAUGUAUGAAUACGAGUGUAAAUUAUUAAUUGCAACAGAAAUGAUUGGAUGUGAAAAUUUGAAUUUCAAUGCUUGCAUUAAAAGUACUAGUAGUUAUUUGACAUUGAUGUGUGCUUGGAUAAAUCAAAGAUGUUAAUAAAUUAAUGACUUUACUAAUGUAAAUGAUUGCACAAAAUUAAAUAAAUAUGCCUGUAUGAAAGUUGAAAAGAAUGACUUAAUAUGCAAAUGGGAUGAUACAAACUUUUGUCUGGCUUCUACUGAGAGCUCCAGUUGUGCAUCAAUUUCUCCCACAACACCAAUAACAAGCGAUGACUUUCCACCUACACCUUAUGUUAAAGCAUCAGCUCCUUAUAACUCUCUUAGUUUGUGCAGCAAGGGAGAAAGCACAAAGGCUUGUAUGGCAAAAGUAGGACAAUAAGGCUGUGUUGAAUUCAAUUACACAGUGGAGAUCUGUUCAGGAUUAGGUUUGAAUAGGAAAGCAUGCAUAGAAUAGACAACUGGAUAUUGCAUUUGGUAGGAUAAUCAAUGUCAAAAUGCAUAAUUAGAUAAUCAGAAUUGCACAGCUUAAGUGAACAAGAAAACAUGUCAAGCUAUGAACGAUGAAAUGUGUCAAUGGAACGACAGCACUCACACAUGUUCAAAUAUUACAUUGGUUGAAUGUUCAGAUGCAACUUCUUAUCUUUAAUGUGUGAAUGUACCCAAUAAGGAAUGCUACUAUGUUAAUACAUGUCAAGAGUUGAAAAUUCUCCCUUUGGUCUGCAAGAAGGGAUUCAACAAAGUGGCUUGCAGGAAAGUGUAAAAUCAAGUUUGUUAGUUUACUAAUAAUGAAUGUUCUCUUAUUGGAGAGUUCGACUACUGGUAGGUGUGUCCAUUAUAUAAGACUUUGGCUACUUGUCCGACGUCAACAUGUCAAUGGUAAAAUUCACAAUGCAUUAUCAAAACGGAAUGCUUACAUGCAUAGUAAUCAUUGACAACUCCUCUUGAUGAAAUUCCAUAUAUGUUGGAUAUAUGUACAAGCAUUAAGUUAUUUGCUUGCAUUUAAAUAUACAAUAAGAUUGGCUGCAUGACAAGUAGUCUAUAUUGUAAAUGGCAUGAUCUUACUGGGUGCUCUUCCUUUGCCACAUAUCUGAAUACAAUUACUUGCGAUGAUUCUAUCAAAUAUAAUAAGAAGGUUUGUGAUCAAUACGCUCCGAAGUUCUGUGAAUUCAAAGACGAUUCUUGCUCACCCAAAAUAUCUGAUUACUAUUUUACUAAUAUUCCCUCCCAAACCUUAGCAAGUACUGAAAUUAAUUAAGAUGUUGAGACUGAACAGUGUGACUUUUAUACCACCAGAGAAACCUGUCUGUAAUCUACUAAAUAUGCAUGUAAAUGGACUGGAUUUUGUGAAUCCUUAAGUGAUAAUGAAAUCAAUAUAACAUAUUCUGAACUCAAUUUAAAAGCAUGUAUCAAAUUCAAACAACAAUGGAGAUAAAGACAAUGUAUAGAAACAAGUUUUGUAUUCAUGCCAAAUGAAGUUGUAGAUCGCAAUAUCCAAGUUUGUGAAACUCCAUUUAUUUCUAAGUCUACUUGUAUGAAUAUCAGUGCUUAACCUUGUACAUUUAAUACUGCAUAAAAUAAAUGUGAAAAAACAACUAAUCUAUCUAAUAAUUGCUCCUCCUAUUUGAAUGUCAAUCAAAAGACAUGUCAAUUACUCAAAAAUCAUGCUUGUCAAUAUAAUGAGCUGACAUUUACAUGUGUAAGUGUAAAUCAAAAUCAAUUGCCAUCAAAUUUAGAUGGAGUGUCCCUAAUAGCCUGCAUCUCCUUAUCUAUUCCAGCAUAUUGGAAUAAUGGAUGCAAAUAAGUGACUAGAUUUUAAUGUGAUUCUGUUUAUAAAAGUUCCCCUUCAGCCUGUGCAUUAGCAUUAGGUCCUUGUAUCUAUGACCAAUCUACAUCACAGUGUGUGUCUACCUACAACAUCAAUUCAAUAUAUUGUGACACUCCAGGAAUCAGUCAAGAACUCUGCACCUCAAUCAUUAGAUAACCUUGUAUUUUUAAGUCAAAUCAGUGCUAAAUAAUCCCAAACACAUAUUCCUGUAGUCAAGCCAAACUUGUUAAUCAAUUGGCUUGUGCAUCUUUAAAUUAAUCCUGUGUCUACGAUUCCUUAAAUCAAUCCUGCAAGGCUGUUAUUUAAGCUUUGAAAUGUUCCUCGCCAGGAUUGUCCAAGAAUGCCUGUCUUCUCAAUCCCUCUUGUGCUUUCAAUUAUGAUUACACUUAAUGCUAAUGUUAGUACAUUGUGUCUCCAUAAAUUUGUCACAAUCUCACAAGUACUGAUUGUUCAGCAAAUUCCUCAUGUUUCUAUGAUACACUCCUUCAAGUAUGCAGACGUAAAUAUUGUGAAGAUCUAUCACCCAAACAAUGUGUAGGAUCAAUGGAAGGCAAACAAUGUUACCUCAGCAAUCGAAUUUAUUGUUAAUCAGCAAGCAAAUGUGAAGAUAUCAUCAAUGUCGAUAACUCCUAUUGUGAAGACAUAUUCUUCGAUGGAUUCCCUUGUUUAGGUACCAAUAGGCGAUGUUUCAGCUAAAAUAACUUUUAGGAUUACUGUCCCAAUUCUGAUUGUUCCAACAACAGUUGUAAAUAUAAUCAAUUAAAUGUCUGUCAAGCUUUGACUUGCUUUUAGCUUGAUGAUUGCACUAAAUUAGGUAAUUAUUGUCUCCAACUCUCUGAUGGCUCGUGCAUUGAAAACAAUAGUUGUCAAAGCCUAGAAUCAGAUAUGUGCAAUGGUGCUACUGUUCGUACUCAAGCAUCAUGUUUGUUGCAGAAAUAUAAUCUCUAUUUAGAGGAUGUCAUGUGUACCUCCUAAGUCUGUGAAUUAUAUGGCAUUUCUGAUUUGUGCAAUGGUAAUGAAUAUAAUGGAUACACAUGUUUAUUGGUCGAUCAGAAAUGCAUCCCUUGCGAUUAAAUCCUUGAUGUUUGCACUUGCAUGGAAGCUACAGGAAUAUGCCUAUGGAAAAACAAUAAAUGCCAUUCUGUACAAUGUAGUGAACUGUUAAAUGCAGCCUCGUGCAAUUCUUUGUCACGAUGUUCUUGGAGUAAUCUCAAUAAUGCAUGCAUGAUUCAUUGCAAUAAAGUCAUCAACUCUGAUGACUGUGAUUCCAGAACUGGAGAAUGCUAUUUUGAUUAUGCAACCAACUUCUGCUCCGCUGGAGUUUACAAAACACCCAAUCUGUCUAUUCAGAUAGACAUUUCAUCGAUCUAUGCAAUAUAUCUGACAUUGUCCAUCAUUACAUAUACCUUGAUUUUAUGA